GAUGAAAUUACACCUCUAGGACAGUACAGCUCCCACGUGCAUUUGCUUCCCAGUGACGAGAUUUCUAAAGUCUCACGCUCGCGAGAUGUUGGGGUGAAUUUCCUUCCGUGAGUAAGUGAGUGGGACUCAGAGUCGGGGGGCCAAGGAGGUGGGACCAAGGUCGGUUCCAGAGUUCCGGGGGCGAGGGGGUUCCGUCACACGGAGAGCAUGGAAGAGAUAAGGGAGGGCACGAAACGGCUGAGUUCCAGGGAGGUGUCCAGACUUCAGGAAGAGCAUGGAAAGGUGGUCAGCAACUGCCAGGAAAAAAUCCAGAACUGGAGGAAGGUUGAAAGUGACUAUGAUGCACUUCAGGAGCGACUAAGCACGCUGCCAGAUAAGCUGUCGUAUGAAAUUUUGGUACCUUUUGGCCCCCUUGCCUUUAUGCCUGGAAGACUUGUCCAAACAAAUGAGGUUACUGUUUUGCUUGGCGACAGUUGGUUUGCUAAAUGCUCAUCUAAACAAGCUGUUGGCCUCAUUGAUCACAGGAAAAAACAUGUUAGGAAAACAAUUGAAGAUUUUCAAGAAGUUGCAAAGAACUUUGCAUCUAAAGAAGUCUUUACAAAGGAUCUGCAAAGAAUGAGUGACGAACCUGGUGAUUUUUUUGACAUUAGAGAAGAAGCAAAUGAUGAAACAGCAUGUACUAAAGCAGGAAGCCAGCAGCGCAUUGCACACAAGCCUCAUUCAAAACCAAAGGUACAUGACUGUUUUGAAGAGGAGGUUGCUGAAGAUGAAAUGGAAAAGAAAGCUAAAAACACAUUCUUAGACAACGAGGAACUGUGGGCAAGAUUGGAAGAGCUUGAACAGGAAGAGGAGUUACACGGAGAACUUAAUGAUUUCAGUGAGAUACAAAAUGGAAUAAAAGACCUAAGCUUUUUUGAAGAAGACAAAGAGAAUCGAAAGACUGAUCUUAACGUAUCCCAAGAAGUUCGAGAAUCUCCUGCUCAGGGAAAUUAUCUAAAUACAAAAUCAGAGUCAGCCGUCAACACCAGUGGUGUCCAUGUUUCAGGUCCUCACCAUAGUGAUGGGGAAGAUGACUUUAGUAAAAACUCAGUGGCGACCAUACAUUUUCUGCACACAGUUGAGCCAAAAAGAGUUCGAAUAAACACUGGAAAAAACACUACUUUAAAAUUCAGCGAAAAAAAAGAGGAAGCCAAAAGGAAAAGAAAAAACAGCAAUGGGAAUGGUCAAUCGGUUCUAGAGCUGCCCACUAUAAAAACACCAGCAGACGUAUAUAGAGUGUUUGUCGAUGUUGUAAACGGAGAAUACAUUCCAAGAAAGUCCAUUAUGAAAUCUCGUAGCAGAGAGAACAGCGUUUGCAGUGAUACUAGUGAGAGCAGUGCACAGGAGUUUGAUGAAAGACGGAAUUACUUGAGAAAUGUAAGCUUUGAGGAGAAUGCAUUUAGUGACCACAGUGACGGCUUUCAUGAAGAAGAGGACUGUGUCCAAAAGAAACUGUCUCCAGUUAAUGGUCCAUUGGAGGCCUUUUCUGGUACCGUAGUAGAAAAAGAACCUUUAUUUGUGCCAUUUACAAGCAUUGCCCAUCCAGCUUUACCAACGAUCCAAGAGAAAAAAGCUGAAGAACAGACUACAGAAGUAUCAGAAGAAAGCCUAAAACGUGUUUCAAAAUUCAAAUCUGCGAGAAUACAACAGAAUAAAUAACUGUAUGUCAAUCUA